CACUGUCAUCUGUCACAAACUCAAAUCAAAACAUUUCACCACAAAUCACGAUUCUUUUACAAAUUUUUUCUACAUUUUUAUCGAAAAUCCUCAUGUUUUUACAAUUCUCCAAUCAAUACAAAACAUUCUAAAAACUUAAAAUACUUAUUAUGAAUGAUAUAAAGCGUCUGAAAGAUCAACAAAGAGAAAUCCAUCCUGGAUUUGAUUCGUAUAUGGAGUGCAUGUCUCGAUCACUCUUUACUGGUUUGGCUACAUUUUGGUUAGGAUUUUCCGGUUGCUAUUUUACACAAAAAAUAAUACAAACUAAAUUUGCUUAUCCACGACAGUGGAAUAUACUUAUAUCAUCUCUAACAGCUGUUGGUUUAUCUUACAAGAUUACAGCUGACCGUACAAAAGCUUGUCAAGCUGCAUGGAUGGCAGCAGAAGAUAAGCACACAGUUUUAAAAGAAGAAUCAUAUUAA